AUGAUGGUGCCCUUUGACGUUGAAGAUUGGCAAAAGAAGGCGGCCGAGAGGAGGGGGUUGCUGACUUAUCCGAGGGAAUGGGUUCUACCUGCCAUCUACCUGGAGGAUAUUGGCCAGAAUUCUACUAGGUCGGUUAUCGAUGUUCCUGCCGAAUGUGGAAUUUUGACUAGUCACGAGCUUGAAAUAACAGAAACCAGAGCUACCCCUCUUCUGACUAAACUGAGGAGUGGUGAGUGGAAGAGCGAAGACGUCACACUGGCUUUCUGCAAGAGAGCAGUGAUAGCCCAUCAGCUGACCAACUGUCUUACCUCUCUGUUUCUAGAGGAAGCCUUAAAGAGAGCCAGAGAACUUGAUAGAAUUCUUCAAGAGACUGGUAAACCUGUUGGACCUUUCCAUGGGCUUCCCAUUUCUUUAAAGGAGAUCUUCAAUGUAAAUGGUGCAGAUACCACCUUUGGUUUUGUGUCCUGGGUUGGAAACUACAAGGACGAGGACGGGCUUACCGUGAAGUUGUUGAAGGAGCGAGGAGCAGUCCCUUUUGUGAAGACAAACAUUGCUCAGGGGUGUCUGAUUGUCGAGGGACUUAAUAAUUUAUUUGGAACAACCAAGAACCCACACAAUCUUUCACUGACUCCGGCUGGAAGUUCUUCCGGUGAGGGCGCUCUUAUUGCAAUGAGAGGAUCACCGCUUGGUGUUGGAACCGAUGGUGGUGGGUCUAUCAGACUUCCUGCUCAUUCUAAUGGAGUCUAUGGGUUUAUGCCAUCCACCCAUAGAGUCUCAAGCGGAGGAAUUGCCGAGGGUAAAGGCGGACUGACCUGGGUCAGAGGCCAAAUUGGUCCUCUUUCCACGGACGUUGAUUCUUUGGAAACUUGGAUUAAGGCAAUGAUUGGAAGCAAAAUUGCUGAUCAGGACUUUUGCUGUUCUCCUCUGGAAUGGAGAGAGCCGCAGCUUUCUGAGUCUUUGACCAUUGGCGUUAUCUACCAGGACAACGUUGUUGAGACCACAAGUUCCAUGAUUCGUCCUUUGAAAAAUACUUGCGAACGUCUCAGGGAACUAGGCCACAAAAUUGUCGAGAUUGAUAUUGGAAAUUUACAUCGGGAGAUUACUGAAACAGUCUUUCGGUUCUACGUUGCUGAUGGGCAAGAGGGCUACCAGAAAUCCAUUGCAGCUAGUGGUGAGCCUUACAUCUCAAGAUGUUGCGGCAGUGAGUGUGAGAGGCCAAUGACUAUUUCUGAGGUUCACGAGAUGGACAGAAAAGCGCGGUUGUUUUCAAAGAAGUAUCUUGAAAUAUUUGUCGAAAAUGGUCUGGAUGCAAUUUUAACCCCAAGCUCUCCAACCCCAGCCGCACCUCAUGGGAUGUACUCCACCAACUCUCUCUCAGCUGUCUACAACCUUCUAGGGUAUGCAGCUGGUAUCAUUCCUAUCGGAAAAAUUGACCUCGUAAAAGAUGCUCCAACUAAGGAGUAUCUUCGCAAAGAACCUUUUGCUGAUCUCAACGUGUUUCCUGUGUUUCCAUACGAUAAGUACGACUCUUAUGUCAGAAAGGAAUUAUAUGCAGAGAUUGGCAAGUUCAAGAAUGCACCAACCUCCAUUCAAGUUGUUGGAAGGAAGUUCACAGACGAGAAAGUUUUAAGGAUCAUGAAGGUUAUUGAUGUGGCUAUAAAUGGUUGA